AGAGCGAGCUGUUCCUACAUAACAGCCUUGUAACCACUCAUAAUCCUCAAUCUUCACAUUAUAUUCAAAGCCAGACCACUCUGUUUCUUUGCUCUUUUCUAUCCAUGUCUGUUUGCUCUCUUGCUGCUUGGGAUUCCUUCUGCUAUGGUGCUUUUCCAUAUAUGCAUUUGCUCUUGCCACAAAUUCAUGCCCCCUUGCUUCCCUCAGCUUGUCCACUUGCUGUCCUUUUACUGCAUCUGCAUAUGUUUUUCCUUUUUCCUUGCCUUCCCAAGACCUCUGAUCUCCAUUUGCUGCUUCUCCCUCUGGGCUGUGACCACUCUCUGUCCAGUGCUGUCCGUCCUUUCCACGCUUGUUUACGAGAAGCUAAACGAAGUCUACUUGACCACUUCUUCACUGAGUUGGGAAAACUUGAGCAAAAACGGUUAUCUUCAUUGUUGAAUGAAGAUCCGGCAGUCAUGGAGCGACGAAGCGCCCUAGCCAAGAGGUUAGAAUUAUACAGGAGUGCACAAGCAGAAAUCGACACCGUUGCUUGGUCAAAGUAGACAAUUUUACACAGGAUUGGGUUUCAUUCUUUCAUUUACAUAUAUCUAUGAUUGUCAUACUUGGAAAGAAUGGGUACGGUACAUUUUAUUGUACUUUAUGCAGCUAUGGAGGAGCCAAGA